GACCCGACCAGGGGGGCCAAAGUUAGAAAAGGCCUGACCGCUGUAGGGGGCGGAGGCGAUCCGGGCCCUGCGCGCGCACCUGCAGCCCCCCGGCCCCCCCACACCUGGCACUUCUCAACGCCCCCCGAAAGUCGAGAUGAGGCAGGUCCGGCGGCGCCCGUGACUCGGGCACGCGUCCGCGGGGUCUCUGCGGGGGAACGCAGACACCCGACCGCGGUUUCCCGGCACCUGGGGGGCGGAGCCCGAGGUCCCCCGCGAGGGGGAGGCGCGGCCCCGGGGACCCGCGGCGCGGCGCGGCGAUGCGCGCUUCCGCCUUGCGCGGCCCCCGGGCUGCCCUGGCUGGGUCCGGAGCGUCCCGAGCGCGUUCCGAGAAGGUGACUCAGCGAUGCGCUCGAGGGUCGAGAAACUCCGUUAAACUAAGAAGGUGGGGAAGGAGCUGGAACACCCUCACCCUCUCGCAGCGCCGCGGCCGCCGUCUGGUCUUGGACCUCCGGGCCCCCCACCCCCACUCCCCGGGAAUCCGGCGCGAGGAGGGAAGGGCAGCGCUGCCGCCGCAGUGCCGCGGUCACGCGACGCGGGGACGCGAGCGGCGGCGGCGGCUCAGCGCGGGGGCGCGGGGACCUGAGCCCCCGCCCCCCGCGCCUCCUCCCCGCUCCUCCCGGCUGGCGCAGGCUAGGGCCGAAGUCUGGAUUAGGCGCCUUGGAAAAAGCGGGGCGCCGGGCGGUGUCCCUGAGAUUUCAGCCUUGGAGGGAGGCGGCUCCGGAGAAGGCCGGGGCCAGCUUCCCCCUCGCCCCCAUCAGCCCUGUAGAGCCGCUGCUUUAAACCUUGGAGUCUGGCGGGAAACUGAGGCACAGGGAAGGGAAGAUGUGGCUGUGCCCGAGUCCGUGAACUCACCCAUCAGCAUCCCUGGCCCAAGAGACAGGCCUGGGCAAGAACAAGAUGCGUGUGGCCCUUUGACAAUCGGGGGAACCCAAACCCUGAGAGGUGAAGGGUCCUGCCCAAGCUGUCAAGCCAGUUCCCAACAGAGCUGAGAAGCAAACCCGGGAGCCCCGACCCCCCACCUUGGAAGACUGAGCCUACCCCAGGCCUCUCGCUGAUGUCUGAGUAUCGAUUGACCUGGAAGGUCACUUGCCACAGAGCUGCCCCAAUGACCCGGCUGUGCAGGGGUCUCCCAGAGAAAGAGAAACAUCUUGAAGCCCUCCAGGCUUUCUCCCCCAAGUCCUGAUUAACCAACUAGCCCCCCUGCCCAGCAAGGCCCGCCAUGGGCUCGGCCUCAGGCUUGAUCUGACCUGAUUGCCACUGGGUAGCUCGGCUUGAAGGUAAUACCUGUCUUGAGGGUCAAAGAGACUGCCUUUCCAUCUCUCCCAGCCACCUCUUCCUCCUUGCGGGCAGCCCAGAGACACACCUGGCAGCCCCUCUUUUUCUGGGAAAGCAAGCAGCGACUUCCUGGGCCCAGCUUCAGCUCUCUGGAAACGCGGGCCGAGGCUGCCCGACGGCAUAUGACUUGCUUUUAUUAGGAUAGGAUUCCCACCAUCCCUCCUCCAUCCCCUGAAGCAAUCCUCCCUCAACUUGAAUUGCAGAGCCUCGAGGCCUUCCUUGACCUUGA